AUGCUUCAAGUUUUAGUUAUAUUGUAUCUUUGGCUUGGGACUGUGAAAUCUGACGGUAGGUAACAUAAGCUUGGUAAACAUUAUCAAAGUUUCUGUGAUCACAGUAGGAACUUUGCAUGGGAAAAUUCUAAGUUUUGAAGAAUUUGUAAGAAACGUUUAAACACUAAGUCAGUUUCCUCUUGAAACAUUUCUUACAAAUCUUCCAAAACUUAGAAUUUACCCUUACAAGAUUCCAACUGUGAUCACAGAAGCUUUGAUAGUGUAAAACCAGGUUUUAGAAUUCGAAUGGAAGGGGACUUGCUGUUGGAAUUUGCUAAUUUCUCAUGCAAAAUACACUAUGACUAUAUGUUUAAUGUAUGAUGACUACACUACAGAACUAUGAAAUAUUUUGGUUAUAAAAUUUCCUGUAUUUCUGAAUGAAGGAUAGCUCUAAAAUACGAUGCAAUUUUGAAGUCAAUCUUAAAGUGGAAGUCAAGUCCGUUCUGCGCAUCGGUUCUGCUCAUAACAAUGUGAGGACCUCUGAUGUAAACAUUGCCCAAAUUUAGAAUGUUUCGAAUUUUUCUGAACAUAAACUCUAUUUCAUAUUCAUUUAGAAGCAUAGCGAACCAAAAUGGUGUUAGAUAUUCAGACAGUAUCAUAUUUUAAAAAAUACAGCAGUUCAAAAUGUAAACAAACCGUUUGUUUACAUAUGGACUUGACUUCCACUUUAAGUUUUGUUGCGAGAGAAUUCGCUCCGUAAAUCUAGGAGUUCCCUGGAUUCCCAAACAUCAUUAUUGUGCUAUGAAAGUUUCAUGGUAAAAAGUUGGAUGUAAUAGCCAGAAAUAUGUAAAAAUGUGCUGAAAAUUCGACUGUGGUCCCGAAUAGAUAGAUUCAUAACUUUUUUUUUUAUAAUCAAAGGCUUUGAACGAACUUUAUUUUGUUGCAAGACACUUUGAUAGUGUAUUAAAACAGCUGUUUUUUCCGGGUUUAAACUUGGUAUCCAACCUUACCCAUGCAGUGAUAUACGUCCAUUUGCAUGCAAAUUUUACGUACGACUUAAAGAAAGCAAACCGUUUCUACUGAUUGUAUUUUGUAUCUAGAGUACAAAAGUUCUAGCACGGCAAAAGUGAAAACUAGUUUAUAUUUUUAAAUUCUAAUUUAACGGUCACAAUGGAUAACAUAGUCGACAUAAUACUUUAAAACUUGUAUAUAUAGCACUUACUAAUAAUUUUGGACGCCUUUUUUCAUCUCAUCGACUCGUUGGCGGUAAUUGUCACAAACAACUAUUAAAUUAAAAAAGGUUUUACAUAAUUACAUUUGUACAUAAUAGCGUUUUAAUUAUUUUAUCUGAUUAAAACGCUAUGUAAAAUAAUUAUUAAAAGUUUACCUGACAGUUUUAUGGAGCUUUUCCGGUCUAAAAACAAACUUAAAAUAUUUCUUUUUCAAAAUUAAAAAACAAAAGUACUUUUUUGAAUUUUUUCGACGCCAUAUUGGAUUUUUCUCUGACCAGUCCCAGGCCUCACGACCUCAAUGCGUAUUUUGAGCAAAAAAUGCUAAUCAGUUUUUCGAGCGCAAAUUAAGAUUAUUUUUGUGACGUGUUAGAAGUGAACACAGAACAAAAUUCAACGUUUGAUUGUUUCCAAUUCUUUUAUUAGAUGUCGGCCAGAAAUGGGACAGAUUACUGGGUAAGUAAAUACCGGCGUCAGUGAAUAAAAACGAUUCUUACUCCUAGAGCAGGGCAGAAUUGAUCUUCUUUCAUAAUGUAUUUUUUCUAGUGGGAUUUCCACGACUCAUGAAUAUGCCUUUGAGUGAACACGCCCUCACAGCAGAGAACUCUGGAUGGAUCAAGGAUGGUAACUGCGAUGGUGAGGUUUUUUGCGUGAUGAGAGUUGGCAUUUUCAAAAGAUUAACAAAAGAUUUGACGACGUGUUCCAACUAUGUUUUAACUCAAACAGAAUCCAUCAAAGUGUUGGGAAAGGCCGGGAAGCAUUAAGAACAGCUUAACCAAGGUCUAACCAACAGCUAACCCCCUCUUUGAUCAGGGCAUUGGAGAGAAAUAUAAGAAAUUUAAUUCAUCGUCUGCUAUUCUGUAAAUCUCACAAAUAAAAUUAUUUUCUGCUUGCUGUUCUAUUUCAGAGAAUAAUGCUUAUGUUGGCAACCGCUAUAUCAAAGACAAUGACAAAUCGACGCGCCUGAUAUUUGGAAAUGAUGGAAUUAUAGCAGGAAUUCAAGCAACAGUAAGUCAAGAUAAUACAUUGCAAGCAAUAGGACAGCAGAUAGCAUUAUACUUCCCAGCAAGUACAAGAGUACUUGGUUUUUCUUUAAGCAGUUGGGAACACUACUACUUCACGGCUCGAUCCUAUCUGGUAUGCCAAACUAUUUCUUGGCAGGCCGAAUAAAAAUUAUGGUCUGCCAUUUUUUAUUUUUGAACAGCCAAAAUGGUCUCACUCUGGCACGAACAUAAAAAUUAAAUGUUAAUUUUCUUCAUGCAUAUCAAUAAUUCAUGUGUUUGCCCUAUGUACUAAAACUGUUUUACUUAACCGAAAAUGGCAAAUUGCAAAUCAAUUGUGAUUUUGGCUUUGUCGAAUUUCAUUGCCAUUUUAUUUUUGACUUGGCAGGUUAAUUUCAUUCUGCCUUUGGCCAUUGGCAGGUUGCAAUUUCCAGCCCAGGACUACAUAUAAUGAAAAUAACUAACAUUAUUUUCUCACUCUGAUAACUGAGUGUUGACCACUGUCUGCUGCGCAAUAAUGCUCAGUGAAAGCUAUCCAUGAUUGAAAUUAUUAAAUCUGAUUGCUUAGUUAUCUUCUACGUCAACAUACCCAGAUCGCUCCAGUCCAUCACCUUGGAUCAGAGUGAACGAAAACGAAGCAAUAGUCACAGCAUACUUCCGUAAUCCGCACACAAUUUGCACAAAAUCCGGGGGGAGUUCUGGCAAUGCAAAAUCCACCUUUGGUCAUGAGCUGUAUAUUCAAACCAAAAGCUGGUUGACUGCGGGAGGACAGAAAGCUAUCAGGAUACCGAGAAAUGAAAAUGAACUGGAACAUUCGCUUUGGGUGAAAGGAAAAUGCUUUCCAAAUAUGGGUAAGGCGUCUACCAUGUUUCCAAAGUGUAGGUUCAGUGUAGGUUCAGUGUAGGUAGUAGUAUACCAGGUAUUCUGCAAAUACUCGAAUUUGUUCGCGCGUAGCGACUUUUUACUGGGCAUCGCAUACAGCUCAUUUUUUGGCAUACGAUCUGUUUGCGGCGUUUAUUGAGUUUCUCAGUCAUUGGUCAGCGGAUUUCCCAACAGGCUGCUGUCCACUUGAUAGGGGAUCCGAGAUACCUACGAUUUAACGUCCUUAUCCGAGAAGACGCGAAAGUCUUAACCAUUUACUGAUGUCAAUGUAAAGGUAGCUCUUUCUCAAUUAUUUUAAGAGCUUGAGUAGAGUUCUGACCAAGGAUUGAAUCUGGCUCUCCUAGCCUGUGCUGGUUCAAUGAAUUAUCAGAUGAACUUUCUUUUCUAGGAAUGCACUACUGGUACAAUAUUUCUGCGAAUUUAGAAUGUAAAGAUAUCUUCCCAAUGUUUCUAUUGUAUGACGUCACAAGCCACAAGUUGGCAUCGUUUGGAUGGUCGGUUCCUGUGCCAGUUCCCAGUGCAUCGUGGGAACGUCCCCCGCAAUAUUUUUUAAAGGUAACUAAAAAACUCAUUCAUAAUUCAUGAAGAAAAUUCAAAAGAAAUGAAUGUUUAAUCAAUGUUUGUAAAUCGGAUUUACAUAAACUUCAGCUUUGAUUUUCUCGACUUAGACAAUGUUUAUUUUUAAAAUUACUUCGCAAAUGAACUCAUAAGAUGGGUCGUUUUUAAGCACGAUAAAACAUUCGCAUCUCGCCUUCGGCUCGAGUUGGCUGCCCAUGUUAAUUUUUAUCGAUUAUAAUUUGAAUGAUUUUUUAAAGUAGAAACGAAAUAUCUGUUGCGUCCGUAGUUCUUGAUGUAUAAUCCACCCAUGUGUUAACUACAUACGUAAAAACGCACAAGUUCUUACAAAUCUGUUGUGUUCAAUUAGCAGUCGACAUGUUGUGUUCGCACUGCUUGUUCCCAGUUGUUGUAACAAGCUUGAUGGCAUUAUCAGACUUGUUACAAGGUUGUUCUAACAAGUCUGAUACAGUCAUGAUAUAACAAGAAUGUUACAAGGUUGUAACAAUAUUGUUAUAUCAAUAUUGUUAUAUUGUUAUUGUCGACAUGUUGUGUUCGCACUGCUUGUUCCCAGUUGUUGUAACAAGCUUGAUGGCAUUAUCAGACUUGUUACAAGGUUGUUCUAACAAGUCUGAUACAGUCAUGAUAUAACAAGAAUGGAUUACAAGGUUGUAACAAUAUUGUUAUAUCAAUAUUGUUAUAUUGACUGUAUCGGACUUGUCGGAACAACUUUGUAACAAAUCUGAUAAUAUCAACAAGGUUACUUAUACAAGUUGUUAACAAAUCGUUCCAAACUUGUUGACAACUUGGGACAAGCAGUGCGAACACAACUUGUUGACGGCUUGUUGACGGACUUGCUACAAGACUGAGAUUUUUGUGUGUGUACGGAAUUUAAUAGACAAACUACCAAAGAAAAUAACAGGCAUGAUUUAUUUCUGGAACCGCUGCCAGUACAUAUCACGUUAUUCUAGCUACACGGCUAAAAACAAUCAGGUUGUUGCAAUAUUGAUGAAAACAGGAUUGAACAAUGUUUUGCUGCCCACAUUGUUCACAGUUGUCAACAAUAUUGAACAAUAUUGUUACACCCGAUUCAGGCUCAACAAUAUUGUUCAAUAUUGUUGGCAACGUGGGCAGCAAAACAUUGCCGGUUCAAUCCUGUUAAACAGCGGGCUCAGCGUUUUUACACGUGUAGUUCAACUGAGUAGUUGGUCUUGAGUUUAAAUGGAUGAUGUGUCUAGCACAAAUUGUAUGAACAUAUUAUUGUUAUUUUUUAGUUUUUCUUCAAUCACGAUGACGACAUUCCAACAUGUCUGAAAAACAAAGUCAUCUCAACCCAACAUAUUUAUCUUUGUGAUCCAAGAAAACUGCAGUGUGACAAUAAACACCUUCAUUAA